GGCUGUUAUUUAUUUAUCGUUAUCGGACUGAAUGAGCGCAAACAAAGUGAAUCCAAGAUGAGCUUUCUAACCUUGUUAACGUUGUGCCUUGGGCUCCUGGUGAUCCAGCCGCGGCCCCUCGAAUCCCUGGAACCCAUCACAAUGAGCGCCAUAGGAUUCGGGGCCCUGGGAAUAGGUGCUUACUUCAAGGAGUAUACGUACUGCCGAUUUACCGAGUGCUGCGACGAUCGCAGCAUUCCGGGCGACAUAAAUGAGUUGAAUGCAUCGCUGAAGAGGACAUUGUUUGGCCAGCACAUUGUGGCCCAGCAUGUUGUGCCGGCCCUGAUGGCCCAUUUCAGCAAGAGCAGCAAAUCGAGGAAGCCGCUGGUCUUCAGCUUUCACGGCCAGCCGGGAACGGGCAAGAAUUUUGUGGCGGAGCAGAUUGCCCAGGCUCUGUACUUGGAGGGCUCCAAGUCUGGCUAUGUGGCCAAGUAUCUGGGCCAGGCCGAUUUCCCCCAGGCGGAGAAUGUGGGCCUCUACAAGGCGCGGAUCAAUCGCGAGGUGCGUGCCCACCUGCGCAGCUGCCCACGAUCCCUGUUCAUCUUCGACGAGGUGGACAAGAUGCCCAGUGGCGUGUUCGACACGCUCGCCUCGCUGGUGGACUACAAUGCCUUCGCCGAUGGCACGGACAAUACGAAGGCCAUCUUCAUAUUCCUCUCCAACACGGCAGGCAGUCAUAUAGCCGAUCAACUGGGCAACUUGAUGAAGCAUGGUACACUGCGGGAGGACACCCGUCUGAGCGACUUUGAGGCGCUGCUGAAGAAGGCCGCCUACAAUCUGGAUGGCGGACUGAAGAGGACCACCCUGAUCGAUGCGCAUGUCAUCGACCACUACAUUCCGUUCCUGCCCAUGGAGAAGGUCCAUGUGGUGCAGUGCCUGGAGGCCGAGUUCCGCCGUUGGCAUCGCCAGCCCGAUAAACAGAUAAUCGGUGAUAUCUUGAGUUCAUCCAUUAGCUAUGAUCGCACGCAUGGCCUGUUCGCCAUUUCCGGCUGCAAAACGCUCGAGAAGAAGGUGGCCAUGGCCAUCAACUAGAAGGGUAGUCAAUUAGUGAUGCAUGCUAGAGCCUCUUUCACAUUUCGUAUUGUAUUUUUUGAGAAUAUUUUAAAGAAUAAAGUUUAAGAGGGCAUUGUAA